UUUUUUGUCACCUCACCCCCAUCCUCCUAUGCACCCCACUGAUAAACCCGCUGCUUACAAUACGAUGUCACUGUAAGCGAUGGAGUCACUCGAGUAUUACCACGGGAACAUCAGCCGCGAGGCAGGGGAGCACCUGCUCAGCGCAGCCGGAAAGGAUGGCAGUUAUCUGAUCCGCAACAGCGAGUCGUUUCCAGGGGUCUACUGUCUGUGUGUGCUGUGCCAAGGACUUGUAUACACCUACCGAGUGUACAAAGUAGAAGGAGGCUCUUGGGUGGCUGAGACUGCCCCUGGCGUAAAUAAGCGUCUCUUUCGGAAGGUCAAGAAUCUGAUUAUUGCAUUUCAGAAACCAGGCCAAGGAUUGGCAGUUCCCCUCAUAUACCCUGUGUAUGCCAAUCGCUAAAACUAAACGAAACUUUGUAGGCUAUGAGGGGUUCAGACUUCUUACAUUGGAUUGCCAACCUGAAGUUGACUGUUUUUGUUUUUAUUGUGGAAGGAGUUCCACAUUGCAGCCCUAGUCUGUUACAUUACUGGAAUUUCACAGAAUGUUCUAUCUGGACUGUAAAGCAGAGGCGCCGACAUGACCCAAGUCUGUUUUGUGUACUUUUAAGGGCUCAGCACUGUUUUUUUAACUGACAGCAAGUUAUUAAGAAUGUGUGUAUAUAUAAAUACUGUAUAUUAAUACUGUAUAUCAAUAGUGAUCUCGUGUUAAAGUUGGUGUACUCCUGCUAAUUCAUCUAUAGCAUUUUAUUCAUUGUUACUUCACAUUUUUGCAGAUGUUUUGAAUCAUUUUCAAGUUUUUUCACCUUCUCAAUAAAGUCAUUAAUUUAAAAUAAAUUAGUUUCACACUUAACAAGCAGUAGACAUAAAUUAUAAGUAUAUAGAUUAAAUUGCUAAAA